AUGGUAGUUGUUGUCAGACUCGAGGAGGUACCCAAAGACCUCAUAUGUGCCAUUUGCAUGUCGGUUCCUUUGAAACCCAAGAAAUUGAGGCAAUGUGGUCAUGUCUUUUGUGACGAGUGCAUUCAGGAGAGCCUUGCCCAUCAGCGGCAAUGCCCUGUGCUGGACCGUAGAAGCUGCAAUCCGGCGACUGACGUGAAGGCUUUGAGGGAGGGUUCGCUGGGGUAUCGAAUAUGGAGCACCAUCGAAAUCAAAUGUGAUCACCAUGAAGCAGGUUGUAGUUGGAGGGGUAGCAUCUCGGACUACUUUGCACACAGGAAUCUCUGUCGACAAGGCCCUUUCGGUGGAGACAGACGUAGCCGCAGCGACCAACGGCUUAUUGAUAAUCUGGAGACGGAAAAGAUUCUCCUAUCGGAACGGGUUGAAGAUGUGGUGUUCGAGAACGGGAGACUAAGGGCAGAACUUGAGCGGAUAUCGACAGAGCUUCUGCAGCGACAAAGAGAGGUUGAAGAACUCAAGUCAACCAAUCAACAGAUGAAGGUCAAGGAAGGAGAGAUUUUUAACGCAAUGAUGACGAUACUUCAAUUGCCAAAAGAAAACUCGAAGGGGGGCUACGAUUAUUCUCGGCACUCGGUGGUGAAGCUCACAAAGCUGAUUUGCCAGCAUCUGGAAAACAAGCCGGACAACAUCAAAGCCAACAAAAUCUAUGAAUGUGUCACGAAAAUCUAUGGGGACCUUGAUAAAAAUCAUUUUGACGAACCUGCUUUUCUUUACAUGGACGUUCGAAUGCUUUUCGGUGUCUGCUUGGCCAGCACAUGGUUUUCUGACAACCAAAGGCGACAACUGAGCAGGCUUGCAGGUGACAAAGGCUGGUUAUAA